AAUCCCGCAUUUACGCACUCAGCCGUAAAAUUGCAACGCAGUCCUUGCCCAGCAGCCGACAUUCCCCACCCCUCUCGCCUCCUGUGGUCGCCAACUCGUCGCCCAGGACAAGAUAUACGUACACAUGUUGCCCGCAAAUAACGCCGCUACAUCAACCGCAGCAGCAGCAGCGCCGCCCAGAAACGGCGCUGCUGGCCCCGCGGCUUCCCCAUCAAAAGGCAAGGGCGCGGUUAACGGCGCAGCGGAAGCAGGGCCUGGGUUGAAGCGCAGGCGCAGCGCGCCCGACGUUCGCGCGGAAGAGAUGCGACGUGCGCUGGCGGACGACGACGAGGGUCGACUGGACAAGAUGCAGAAGGCCUGCUCCACUCUGCUGGAAUGCCUUGGGGAGGACGUAUCAAGGGAGGGCUUGGUCAAGACUCCCUCGAGGAUGGCCAAGGCCUUGCUGGCGUGCACCCGGGGGUACAGCCAGAGCCUGUCCGACAUCGUGAACGAGGCCGUGUUCGAAGAGGACCACCAUGAGAUGAUCCUCGUCAAGGACAUCGAGAUACACAGCUUGUGCGAGCACCACAUGGUUCCGUUCACUGGAAAGGUUCACAUCGCCUACAUCCCCCGAUCAAAGAUCAUCGGCUUGAGCAAGCUGGCUCGAAUCGCGGACAUGUACGCGCGCCGGCUGCAGGUGCAAGAGAGGUUGACGCGUCAGAUCGCGGAAGCCAUUCGAGAGGCGGUCGACCCGUUGGGAGUGGGGGUGGUCGUCGAGGCAUCACACAUGUGCAUGGUCAUGCGAGGCGUGCAGAAGCAGGGGGCAACCACCAUGACCAGCAGCGUGAACGGCUGCUUCCAGGCGGAUUCUAGAACAAGGGCCGAGUUUUUCAGCUUGAUCGGGCUCGACCGAUAG